GUGUAGUGGUGAGAGAAAUGUUUGAAAUCAAAGCGAAAUCACGCACGCAAUCAAAGCGCAUGUAUGACACCGUUUUGUGUUAGGAAAUCGGAAGUCAAAGGAACAGAAAGGAAAAGCAGAAGAUUUGUUCUUUUUUAAAGAGACAUUCAGUUGGAGAUGUCUCAGGAGAAAGAUGACCUUGACCUGAGUGACACGCCCCAAAACUUUGACCUUGACCAAGAUGACUCCAGAUCCACUGACACAGCAUACUAUGAUGAACGACCCUCAGAACCCUCUACAUCCUGUAACAGACCAAGUUCUUCUGAAGGUCCCCCGAAGAGAAAGACUACCACUCCCAUUGAAGAAGAACUGGAAGAUUAUGACAACAUCAAAGAUGAAUUUUCUUCUCCUGUCUUUCAGAGAAAAAAAUUCAAAUCCUCAGACACAAACAAUGGUUUGGAAUAUGAUUCAGAUUCAGAAACACUGCUUCAACCUGGAAAAUCAUUCCUUGUGAAAGACACUAGUUGUGAACUCCAAAUUCAGGAUACUGCGAAAUCAAGAAAGAGGCACUCAGAUUUUUCUGAGGAAAAUUUUGACAAAUGUAACUUGUCUAAAAUUUUCAAGUUAUCACCAAAAGUGCCUAAGGAAGCAAAGAAUGAAAAGGUUGUAAGGAGAAGGACAAAUGAUAGAAACAUUGAUCAAGGAAGCAGAGCUGCUGAUAAAUCUGUCCAAAAGAGUUCUUCUCCAAGGGCAGAUACAUUCAGAAAGAAUUCACUUUCAACAGAUGAUUUUAAAGUGGUGAGAGAAAUGUUUCCAGACAUAGAAGAAAUCACAAUUCAGAAAAUCUUUGAUGAAUUACAACAAUUAAAUGGGGAUGACAUCCUGCAGAGAGUGAUUGAAUUUAUUCUAACAACACAGGAACUAUCUUCAUCAUCAUCACUGGGGAGGCAAACAUCCUCACAAGACGUACAGACAGCAAUGGGGAAUCCUCGCCCAAAUAUUCUAAAACAAGAAUCAAGUUCAUCACUUUCUGGACAGACAGAUGACAUGCCCAUUUUACAUUCAAGAACGAGAAAGUGGAAGAAAGGGUCAUUUGCCUCUAGCAGCAAAGGAAAGGCACCAGCAGAGAAAAUAAAAAAUCAGCAGGUAUCUCCUUGUCAAUCUGAUGUUAAUAUGAUGGAAAUGGAUGGCUGUGUUGACAAUAAUUAUAGUUAUUCUUCAGACAGUGAUGUCAUAUUGUUAAAUGCAACAACAGAGAAACACCCUGUCAGCUUUGCAGAGGUGUCCUCCUCCCAGCUAAAGUGUGAUGGGUGUAACAAGAGUCACGACACGACGUUCCUCAGUCAGUGCUGUAACGAUCAUCUCGUCUGUAAAUCCUGUGUCGAAAAGCAGGUCAAGAAGGUUAUCUCCCCUGACAGUCAAGAGACACAGAUUCCAUGUCCCAUCAAUGGUUGUGAAACAUACAUUCCUGAAAGCCAGGCAUCUAAAGUAUUACCACCACUGAUCAUGGAACUUUUGGAAGAAAAAGUGAACAAGAAGGCAUUGGAGUCAAUUACAAAAAUGGAGGAUUUUCACAGCUGUCCAUUUUGUGAGUUUCCUGUUGCUGUUGACCACGGAUUGAAGAAAUUUUUAUGUCCCAACCCAGACUGUGUGAAAUUAAGCUGUAAAUACUGUAAGAAGCUAUGGAAUGAGAAAGACCACAAAUCUUGCACUGCUUUCAUGACUUUGUCGGAGGAGAGUAAAGAACAUCUGGAACUGCCCCGAUACUGGCAUCCAAUGCCAGACGAACAACAGGAUUUUAUCUUGGUUGAGUUGGAUAGACAAGGAAGGGAGUUUACUCUGAUUAAAGAUUUAUUUUGUUCAUCAAUGCGUCACAUUCAUCCUAUAUCCAUACACAGAGUUCAAAAUCCAAGGUUGUGGCAAAAAUUUAGUCUGGCUAGAAAGCAUAUUUCAGAGGAGUUUGGUCCCAAUAUGGUAAAUGAGCAGCAGUUAUUUCAUGGCACCAAGUGUGAGGCUAUAGAGGCAAUAUGUAGAUCUGGUCUGGACUGGAGGAUGUGUGGUGAAAAUGGGGUGGCCUUUGGACAGGGAACAUAUUUUGCUAAACAUGCAGAGUACUCAGAUGGAUACUGCCAGCACUUCACUGGUCGGCUUGUUAACCCAAGUAACCCCUAUCAACCGUUGGGAUUCAGUUUUGGUGCGGCUCCUCCCGCUCACUUUAGUUAUGCAGUCGCUCCCCCUCCUUCUGCUCAAAUCGUUCCUAAGCGAGUAGGAAACAGUAUAUAUUUCAUCACAGUACAAGGAACUGGAGGACAACAACAACAACCCUCUUCUGGCAGCAGUGGAGCCUCACAAAACCCAAAUGCACUCAGUGGAAUAGGAAGUCAGACUGGAUUCGGCACAAUCACUUACGGAACUCCCUUCGGAACAGACCAGCCUGCACAAACUUCCAGCAAACCCAAAUCCUCUACAGCUCAAGACAAGCCUAAAGUGAUCUCCGAUAUCAAACAGAUACUGAGAGAGAAACACAAGUACAUGUUUGUGGCCCGUGUUUUGGUUGGACGACCGGGUCAGGGACGACCGGGAAUGAGAAAACCCCCGGAGGAUCCCGCCGAUCCCAAAGGGAGGCCAUUCAAUUCCUGUGUUAAUACUCCACAUAAACCCAGUAUAUUCGUAAUCUUCGACAGUACUCAGUGUUAUCCUGAAUAUAUCAUCGAAUAUAUGCAUCUCACUUCAAAUAGGUAGUAUUUUGGUUGUGAGAAUGGAUUCAAAAACUCUUCUUAGGAUGCUGAUUGUUUUAUCAUUAUGCUUUUUAGUUCAAUUUGCAAUGAAUGAAUUUACAAUGUUUUUGUUACUGGUAUUUAGU